GAAGAAGAAGAAGAAGAAGACGUCAUGGUGAUGGUGCGACUCCAGUAGGCGCUGUUGCUGUUCUAGACUUUAACGGUAGAAACGAAGAAGAAGCUAAACCUGGCAACAUGGCGACUCCCAUGCACAGAAUAAUUGCGAGGAGACAAGCGGAGGCAAACAAACAACAUGUGCGAUGCCAGAAGUGCUUGGAGAUGGGACACUGGACAUAUGAGUGCACCGGGAAACGAAAAUAUUUGCACAGACCAUCAAGAACAGUUGAGAUGAAGAAGAAGCUGAAGGAAAAUGAAAAUAAACCUCUCAGUGUCACAGGCAGACCAGGAGGAGAAAGCUCAAUUGAAAAGAAAAUCAAAAAGAAGGCAAAAGACUUGAGCGACGACAGCAGCAACGACUCAGACGACUCGUCCAGUGACUCAUCAGACAGCAGCAACUCUUCCAGCUCCUCUUCAGACAGCGACAGUUCUUCCUCCUCCUCUUCCUCCUCCUCCUCAUCCCCUUCAUCAGAGAGCUCAGACUCAGAAAGCAGUAGUGAUUCAGAUGAGGGACCUCCAAAAAAGAAGAAAAAGAAGAAAUAAACAUGUUGGGAAUUAAGGAGAGAUUUCUUGACAAUACUCAGUGUUUCAAAUAAAUGUUCUUUUUCUAAAAGCAAAUCACAGCUGGUUGGAAAUUACAGCGGUGUGCUAAGGAUCGUGGGCUAGUCUUGAGCUUUGUUUCCUCUUGAGUUUUAAACACUUUUCUGCUGUUACUUCUGCAGCUGAGACAUUUUCUAAUGUUUGUAUUUCUAGCGAGAAAAUAAACUUCAAAACCUGUUAAGAGGAACACACAAUUAUUCAAGUUAAUUUUUUGAAUUUUUGUUCUUAGUGUUUCCAGAUGAGCAGGUUCUGUAUAACUUGUCAACCUGUUUGAAUAAACUUUAAGAUUAUAAAGUA